AUGGCUGCGGUUGGCAUGCCCCCGCAUAUCCUGGCGCUUUUUCAGGCUCGCAAACCCUUGGACGCAUUCCCUGCAUUCAAGUCAAAGCAUCCCAGGCCGUAUGAGGGCGUGGCUGAUUUUGUUCGGAAGUUUGAGUCGGUGCCUCCUCCUGCGGUGGCUCCCUUCGAGACUCCCAAGCAGCGGCAGAUUAGGAAGAAGCGACAGAAGCUGCUGGCGCAUUUGCAGCAGCAGAAGCGGCUGGUGGAAGAAUACAAGCCUUUGGACGACCCCAAAAUCGAGGGUGACCCCUUCGCCACGCUGUUUGUCGGGAAGCUGAGUUACGAAACGACAGAGAAGAAGCUCAAGAGAGAAUUCGAAGUGUACGGGCCGAUUCGGCGCGUCCGAGUCGUCAGAGACUGCGAGGGGAAGCACCGUGGCUAUGCGUUCAUAGAGUAUGAACGCGAUAGAGACAUGAAGGAGGCCUACAAGAAGGCAGACGGCACAAAAGUAGAUGGCAGGAGGGUUCUGGUCGAUGUCGAAAGGGCCAGGACGGUUCCUGGGUGGCUGCCAAGGAGGCUGGGGGGGGGUAGGGGACCUCCAAGAGGAGCUGGCAAGAACCAGCCGGAUCUUAGCACGAUCGUUGCGCAUAUCAAUGGACCUCCAACGGGAGAAACCAAGGAAAGAGGGAGAGACAGAGAUCGGCCAAGGGAAGGGGAUCGAGAUCGAGAGCGAGAGCGGGAGCGGGAGAGGCGGCAUAGGGAUGAAAGGCGGCGGAGCAGGAGUAGGAGCAGAGAUAAACGCAGGGACGACCGAGACAGAGAGCGCAGAAGGUGA